AUGGCUUUGUUUCGCAUCUUCACGGCACGCACCUACCACCCCAAGGAAGUCAUUGGCGGAGACCUGGAACCAUGUGUCUCCUACUGCGCAUUCAAUGCUUCCUACACGAACGCGGUUCCGCCCACCUUUCCUGUUUGGACCGCCCGUGGCACAUGUACGGCUGCCUGCAGGAAGACUGAUAUGAUGGACGAAGAAGAAAAGAAAAAUGACAAGAAUACGACUAUCACUGUGCUGUCCAUCAGUCCCACACUGACCGAGGAUCGUUCGACACCACCACCAUAUCGCGGGACAUGGGACAAUGACAGCGUGCCGAGUCCAGGAAAGAAACGGAAUUGGGGUGCUGUUUUCUGGAAACCAAAGUCGAGAUGGAUAUGGGCUAGAGGCGAUGGUUGGAAUACCCCCUCAAAGCCUACCACGAAGGCAACGGAUAAAGGAUUCAAGGCUGGCUAUACUUGCUCGCGCGACACUAUCUGGGCGGCCUUCAAGAAAUUUCGAUCCUCGCGGGGACAAUGCUUCGCUUUAGCAUUACUUGCGGUCUUUGGGCUUUUGCCUAUGGUACUACUUGGUGUCUUUACAUCUGGAGGCCCGGGCUAUAGUCCCUAUCAACAGGUCUUUUCGGAUAAGAUCAUGGGCUGUGGGCAAAGUCUCGGCUCGCCCCAGAAUGCAACUGCAUCUGGCAUUCAAAAGUUGUUUGUGUUAGAUGUUACGUUUGGACGGUAUUCUUUUGCGGCAGUCAAGACGAUUGACGUCAUCUGGGAUCUCUUCAUCGGACGAGGCUUUCAAAUAUGCGCUUCAUGGGCCGCCUACAAGGCGUUUUGCGACGCACUGCUACUUGUGAUCGAGCGACAGCCAGCAUCGUUUCGCAUCUUCCAACGAAUCGCACUUGAGGGCCCGAGUCUGGACUCAUUAUGGACGUUAACCAAGGAGUUGUUCACACGAAACGAUACUAGGACGAAAUUUCUCUUUUCUUACAUGUUCGUAGCCACCUUGUACGUCCUCAUGGUUCCUAUCUUCCUUGGAGCCAUGACUGGUUAUGACAGCACAAACAUUCCCUGGAUAAACCUCGACGACUCCAACAACAUCGUCCCGGCCUCUUUGAUCAAGCCUUCGUGGGUAGCUUUGGGUACGAAGAACGAGACAUUCAAGCAUCCAGCCUGCGUAGACUGGUCAGUCGUUGACAAAGCCCGGCAGAUGGAUACUGCCCGAUUUGGCCGGUGCAUAUAUGACUUUCCAGGUAACAUGCAAACCUUCACUUACGAUCCCUACUGGUCGGAUAGUUAUGAUCAAACCCUAGAGUCCGGGUCUCGGCAGCGCAACUCUAAUCACGCAGAACGACCAGGCAAUGCGAGCAUGGACAUUGAAAUCAAUGGCCAAAAGUACGACUACGCCACUCUGAAAUCCGAAAGCGGGUAUUGCUACGGCGAUGUGGCAUACGACUACACCUACUUUGAAGACCGAACCCGCUGCCUCCCCGACACCGCCAACCCCUCGUACAAAUGGGGUUUCGCAACCAUGAUGUCCGGCCUCUUCAUCUUCCUCACAUUCGGCUGGUGCACCAGCCUCUACAUUGUCUGGCAACACGCCCAAUGCAAGUCCACGCUCGUGCAAACCGGGUACACAAUGACGCCCCUGCGCGCGGCUUUUGCCAUGGCCAAGGCGGCGAAGAAGAAGACGGGUCUUGCCGAGCAACAACUGAUUCGUGCGUAUACCGAGGAUUUGGAAAACGAGUUAUAUGGCCGCGCGGGACUCGUGGCUACGAGUAUAGAGUAUGGCUUGUUUGUGGAGGAGCCUGGGGUAGGCGAUGCGGAUCAGAUGUAUCACGGCGUGAGGGGAGUGCGGGCACGGCAUGUUAGGGGGGAGGUGGAUGUGGAGGCGAAGUGA